CACCUUUUCCUCUCUUCAAUAUCUCCAAUUGUCUCGACUUUCCCAGAGUUAUCUUCUUGAUCACUGUCAAAAAUCCGCAAAGAUGAGCAGCAACUUCGACUCUCAAUACCCCGGCCAGACCACCGGUCAAACCCAGAACCUCCAGAGCAAUAACCCCUAUCCCACCGGAUCUACGAAGCCUGAUCCUCCUCCAAGACCUCCCUAUGGAGCUGCGCAGUCGCAUCCAGUGCAAGAAUCCGGGUACGCUUCCAGCGGCCCAGCAUAUCAGGACACCAGCACAGCGACAAGCGGGACCUCACACGUUCCCUACGACACCGCGGGGCAGACCACCGGAACCACCGGCGCGAAUGAACACACAUACAACCCCGACUCCCACCACCACAGCACAGCCGCAGACACCGCACACCACACGGGCGACAAAUUCCACGAGUCCGCAUCCGGACUCAAAGGUCUCGUAGCCGCUGUGCACGGCGCAGGAGAAUCACUACGCGGUAACAUAAACGCUGAAAUCGAUCGACUCUUUCACGACAAAACGGGCGAGGAGCGGAAUAGCGCUAUUGCGGCAGCGGGCGAGGAUGAGAUGGCGUCAGGUCGCUUUAAUAGAUUGACGAAGAAUCGGGAGGGCGUGGUGCCUGGGGCGGAUGGGGAGAGGAGGGAUCAGAGGCGGUUUUAG